CUUGCUAAAAGGGUCCUUCGACUGGACAACGAAAAUCUUGGGAUCCCAUCCAGGCCUGGGUCUCACAAUCUCGCUCUCCUCUCUGCGAAACGUCCAAUCCUUUUCCCUCCUGGACUCAAAGUCGUACUUCUAAUCUCCAGUUCCCUUCGUCUACUUCAAUCUUCUGCUUCCAACCUUUCUUCCAAUCAUCCUCUCCUCACAUUUAUUGGACACGCGCCUGCCUGUGGUUUUCUCAAAACACCCAAAGCCGUGACGAUUUUUUUCAAAGAAACAUCCUUUCUUGACCUUGACUGCCUUCAGAUAUACAUUGUUCACCUUCAACAGUCUUUGUCUGAACGGGACCAUCGUCUUUUCUUGACACUCCCUCACAUCAGUUCACCACUUUAGUCUUCAAAAGAACAUACCCUCAUUCCACACUUAAUAACACUCACCAUGUCUGUCGAAGCCCCAAAGCCGGUUGAGGAGACGCCUGUCGUCGAACCAACCACCAAGGCGCUGCCAGAAACACCUGUCGAAUCAUCCACUGCCCCUGCCGAGACCACUGCCACCACUGCCGAGCCUACUGCUGAAGCAACUCCUGCUGCGCCUGCUGAGGAGUCUACCGAGGCCACCCCAGCCACGGAGGAGGUGAAGAAGGAUGAGACGGUCGUCACAGCAGUUCCAGCUUCGGAGGGUGUUCUCGGAUACAAAGAGCCAACAUUGUUGAAGAGAUUCUUCUUCACAAAGCACUUCUUCUGGUUCUCUGAGGAGCCCUCAACGCCAGAGUCCUUGGCAACUUUCCUGCGCUCUGAAAAGGUCGACGCAAAGCACGCAUCCGCAUCGUGGGCCCGUGAGACAGGCAAGGGAUUGCUCUUCUUCUCCAAGCGUGCCGAGGACAAGGCUAGCCCAGUUGGCAUUAUCAACCUCGCCGAUGCCUCCACUGUCACCAAGGAAGGUUUCAAUCAAUUCUCCUUCAAGGCUGGCAACCACCACCACCGCUUCGAGGCCACCAAGGCUGAGGAACGAGAUAGCUGGGUCGUUGCCGUUGAAAAGGCAAUCGAGGAGGCCAAGGGACUUAAGGAAGAGAUCACUGGACGUGAAAGCUACAAGAAGAACGUCGAGGAAUAUUCUAAACCUGCCGUCAUCGCGCCCGCUUCAACCCGUUCCAAGUCCAAGGAACCAAAGAAGUCCCUUGAGGUCAACGCAGCCACCGCUGCUGCCACAACUCCAGCUGCGGAGACUACUAGCCCCUCCACUGAAACUGCCGAGGAGCCCAAGAAGGAACUCAAGGAGCGAUCCCAGUCGCGCAAGCGUGGCAGUAUCUUCGGCUCGCUGAUGGGCAAGAAAGAGGAACAUGCCGAAAAGAAAGAGGAAAAGAAGGAGGUGAAGGAAGAGAAGAGCGAAGAGGCCGAGGCAAAGAAGGAGGAGUCCAAGGAGACCGAGGAGCCUAGCAAGGCUGUCGAGGCCGGUGAGGCCGCUGCGGUCGCUGCUGUGCCUGCGGUUGCCGCGUCCACGGACAAGAAAGAAGAAAAGGAGGAAGCAGCAGCUCCUACUGAGAAGAAGAACAAGCGCGGCUCUGUCUUCGGAACCUUGUUCAAGAAGAACGUCACCAGCCCGACCACCGAGAAGACCGAGAAGGAGGCCACUGGAAGCACGGAUGUGCCGCCCGUCUCUGAAACCGCCCCCAAACUGGAGGAGCCAAUCGAGAACAAGCCCAUUGACACCGCCGCGGUGACCGCCCCUGUCGAUACCGUCGAGACCCCCUCUGCCGAGGAAGCUACCAAGGAGCCCGCAGCCGCCACUGGCGAGUCUGCUGCACCCAAGACUGAGAAGAAAGGUGGCUUGAUGAGCUUCAUCAAGAAGACCGAAGCCAAGCUCGAGGGCAAGAAGGAACACAAAGAAGAGGCCAAGGAAGAGUCCAAGGAGGACAAGGCUGCGGAGGCUAUUGCCAAAGACCCUGUUGCUGCUGCCAGCGCAGAACCAACGACCGAGACUGCUGCCACCGAGCCAGCCACCGAGACGCCUGCUGCUAAGGAAGAGCGCCCAGCCCGUGACAACAAGCGCCGCACUUCUCUCUUCUUCAACAAGAAGCGCGACACCACCGCCACCAGUGAUGCUGAGGAAGGUGCUGAGGAGCCCAAGCGUGAAAAGUCUCCCACUCCGGCCAAAUUCAUUGGCAACCUCGUCCGCCGCGCUAGUAAGGCGGUGAAGUCUGAGGGCCCCAAGGAGAAGGAGAAGGCUCCAGAGCCAGCCGCCACGGCCGAGGAAACCCCCGAAGAAGCUCCAGCAGCUGCUCCAGAGGCUGCUGCUGCUGAGACUGAGAUCAAGGGUGACGUUGUCCCGUCAGACCUCGUCACCGACAAGCCCGAGCCCGCUGUCCCUGCCGCGGCUCCCGAAGUCAAGGCAACUGCUUGAAGGUCCGACGAGGCCAGAGACAAAACUCCACGCACCUCUCUGUCACAUCCGUCUCGACUGUCUCGAGCAGCAAGUCCAGUUGAGUUUGAGAAGUGGUGGGACGAGAAGACUUACAACACUCCGUCGCUACCUCCUCGCAGCCCUUCUCGUCCCUCUGGCCUCGUCGUUUGAGGUGGCACGACAUGGGGAGACAGGGUGAAGUCCCGAGUUUGGGGGGUCUACCUCUGCAUCUGCAACCGCUCUUCCGCUUUGAGACAUGAUCUCUCAGGAUCACUGCACUGAUUGACGACAAACUCGGACACCACUCAUUUCGUUAUGUGUUUUGUUUUUUUUUGCUUUUUCAGGAUACCCCGAUCACCUUUAGAUUGAUUGUUUUGUGCUUUUUCUUGGUUGAUGCAUUUUCGAGUACCAGAUACCCACUUCGGCAAGUCUUGUUCUUAACGAAGAGAUACCCCCCAAAUGCAAAGCGUCUACUGGAUGAACAGGAGAAGAAAAAAAAUGGCAAAGGAGGCAACAAAGAGGGGCUUAUUGGUCCUUUUUUUCGUCUUUCCAACGUGAAAUGGAAUUACCUUGUGACUGUUGAAGAUGCCGGAUUCGGUGCCUGAGAUGGGACACAGUGUUAAUGGCCAUGAUGCGAAUGCAACUGCGAGUUUAGGAUAGUAAUAGCUAAUAAUAUGCAAGUGGAUUAAAAAAUA